UCUACUAGGUCCAGUUAAAUGUUUACUUGACAUCGACUCGAAACGUCGGAAACAACAUCGUUCGGAUAAUAAUUAUUGGACUUACAAAAUAAUGUCAUCAGAAGAAUUAUCAAGAAAGCAUACUAGUCGCUUUUUCGACAGUGAUAUCAACUUAUCUUGGAUAUGGUAUUUUGAUGUUCCUGCUUGCGUAUAUACAAAUGAUAAUAGUCCUAUAUGUUAUUGGAUUCUUUUCCUUCACACAUGACACAUAUACAAGGACACGUGGUAUGAAACGUAAGCCUAUGGAAACUAUUAAUUCAUUCAUCAAAUUCUGGGUUGCUGAGAUAGAAUAUCAGGGACAAUGGUAUAUUAUAGGCUCAAUUGGAUACAGGAAACUAACAUUGAGUGAUAAACUGCUGUCAGAUUUGGAUUCAAGUACGGCAAUCGUACUUACAAAGCUGGCAGUUUCGUCUAAAUUGAGGCGCAAUGGAGUAGGAAAUAGAUUACUUGAUCACGCAUUGAAUCAAGCUAUUGAAAUGAACUACGAAUUUGUUGUCUUGGAGUGUUUGGCAACUCAAUAUGCAGCAAUAAGUCUGUAUGAAAAAGUUGGAUUCAAAGAGAAAAAUGGGUACCAAAUUCCCGCAUUAUUUGGUAUUUCGAGUAAACUUGUUUUAACUUUUUUCAAAGCUUUAAAAGAUUAAUAGUAGUUCAAUUGAAUUUAUCCAUGUAAAAAUGAACUUUCAAUCGAGGUGGAAUGGUGCGAAAAAAAUCCUAGCAAUGUGUUGGAUUUCUGUUCACCUUGUAUCCGAAGUCACCAUAUAAAUAUAUAUCUUUCAAGAAUAUAGCUUGCUCAUCCCAUAUACAGCUAUGAUGAUACUCAAUUUCAAUAUUGCCUAAUUAUUUAUUUGAAAAUAUAUACCACUUCAUAAGA